GGCGCUCUCAUAGGUUAUUUGCAAAGGUGUCGGGAGAACCGGGGGCUUUAUAAAGGCUCCGUCGUGUGAGCUCGGUCCCUCUGCCUCUGUCUUUUCUUCGCUUCUUUGUUAUUUCCACCAGCUCGCACCAAAAUGCCCAGCAAGAGGAAGAAGAACAAGCGCCGCAUGAGGAGGGUGCAAGCCCAGAGGCGAGCCCUUGAAGAACAGUAUGCAGGCAACCCGCCGGUCAAGGCUAGCCCUGGGAUCGCAGUAAGUGCGCCCCCUGCAGCAACCCCAAAGCCAGCAGCCAAAGCUCCGACACCAGUUCCAGAGAAGAUCCCAGAGGCCGUUCCCAUCCCUGCACCUGUUGUGGAGACCCCCAAAGAAGAACCAGUUGUGCAAGAACCCGUCGCAGAGCCCGUCCCAGUCCAACUAGAGACACCAGAGCCUGAAGCCGUGGUAUUGGAACAGACUCCAGAAGCCCCGGUUGAAGUGCCGGUGCCGGUUGCGGAAGAAGUGCCGGUCGUCGAAGUAGCACCAGUCGUCGARGAAGUGCCGGUCGUCGAAGUAGCACCAGUCGUCGAAGAAGUGCCGGUCGUCGAAGUAGCACCAGUCGUAGAGGAAGUGCCGGUCGUCGAAGUAGCACCAGUCGUCGARGAAGUGCCGGUCGUCGAAGUAGCACCAGUCGUCGAAGAAGCGCCGGUCGUCGAAGUAGCACCAGUCGUCGAGACUCUUCCAGUGGAGCCUUCCGAAGUCGCAGCUGACGCAUGUGAAGCUGAACCCAUCAUUCCUGAAACAGAACCAGUAACUGAGGUUACACCCACAGCUGAGGCUCCAGAGGCAACUCCUGCUGAGGCUGAGCUGCAGUCGGUUGAAGCCACAGUCGUAACCACAGAAACCAUACAGACGCAUGAUGUCUGCGAGACUGAAAUUGAGGCUGAAGCCUUGGCAGAGGAAGAAGCAGUCGAAGUGGCCGUCACAGAAGAAACCACCUCGUUAGAGCCCGUAGUGGAAGCCACAGAGGAGCCGAUGGUAGAAGCGCAACCUGAAGCUGUGGAGGAGAUCACAGAGACGCCUGAACAGAUGACUGAAGCUGUUGUCAGUCCUGCAGCUGAGGAGGACAAAGCUGAAGUAGAAGUGUUGGCUGAAGAAGAUGCACCUGAAGAACUUGCUGAGCCUGUUACACUCGCAGAGGAUGUUCCUGCAUCUACAGAAAUCCCUACGGUCCCAGCCUCCAUGCCCGAGGCUCUGGUUGAAGAAACUCUCGUAGCUGAAGUCAAAGAGGCACCGGUUGACACAUUAGUCGAUGACUUUGUUGUCACAAACUCUGCCAUCGAAGUGGAGGUCGCCAUUGCCGAGUCCGUCGCUGCCCAGGAGAUUCAGUCAGUUGAUGCUACACCCGCACCCACAGAGACCGAACAGGAAGUUGUGGCCUUGACUGAAACCCCCUGCGCCCUGGUGGAGCCUAUGGAUAUGGCCCCCGCUGAGGUUGAGCUUCAGCCUGAGCUUAAACCUGAGGUUGAUCUUAAGCCCGAGCCUGUUCUGGAAGUUGAGCUUGCUGCUGCCCCUGCAUUGGAAAUGAUCAUCGAUGCUCUGGCUGAGCAGAAAUGUCUGGAUGUGCUGUCAGAGGAACUGAAGUCAGAGGCGUGUGACAUGCCGUGUCAGAUGCAGCUCACCGUGGACUCUAUGCAGCUCAACUCAGCAGCGGAGAUGUCAGUGGAGACGGCGUUGAAUGGACACAUUGUUCCAGAGGUCUCCAUCGAGGGCUAGAGCCACACAGUCUUUAUUCCCCUUUGGUCAUUUUGAGGACUCAGAGUUCUAAAUGGAGUCAGCCGGCCAUUGAGCUUUUUUCAUUUUUCAGGGCUUGCGAUGGAGCCGUCAGGAAAUCGAAGGAAUAUCCACACUUUGAAGUGCCUUUCCUGCACUGGUUUCCUGUCAAAACACCAAACCAGAUGCAAAAAAAUAACCCAAAAUGCUGAAUUCUGUGCAGCAGAACAGACUGUUGUCAUUAUUCUGCAGAAAUGGAAACAAACAUAUCAUGGCUCCUUUUUUAAAUCUGUGUUUCUCCCCCAAAGGCAUGUACGGUGAAUUUUUUAGCAGCGGAAGCAGACGUUGUUGAGAGACGGAGAAUCCUAGAGCAAGAUAAACAGCAGCGCCUGGUACUUUAUAUAUUCCCACCUCUCGAGAACGUCUGCCUCCUUUCUGCAUACACACUCAAUGCAUGUGAACACUGUAGCAGGGAUGGAAGUGGCUAGUUUGCACUUGGGCCUGUGUUCAUACUUUUCCUGUUGUCACAUCUCAAAAUCACAGAUUUCUGCUCUUGACUCGUUUCCUUGGAGUCGGAGUUUCGAGCUUCUCCCCCUCCACUGUCCUCCUGUCCUCCUCUGCCUCCUAAGUGCCACUGCUUACAUUAGUCUGAUGCUAAAAACAAGUUUUAUGGCUCAAGUGGCCUCUGGAAAAUGGCGGAUGUGGAAGGGAAGAACUCAAGAUUUUUUAUUUUUUUUUUUGCAUUUUUUUCCCCCCUCACUUUCUUUUUUAAUUCCUUUUGUAUAGACCAUAUGAUGUGAUACAGUUGUGUUCAAAGUCUGUAAUCUGGCUGUUGGUGGUCUGACUUAAUCCAACUUUGAAAUAAAGCUGUAGUUCAUCGUGA